UAAACUUACAGCAAAGAACCCCACUUUUUCUGCUGUAGUGUGAGUUAAACGAGAAUCAGUUAUUAUUCGUUGCCUUCUUCACCUUCUAUUCCCACCACUGUCCUUUGUUUGCUUCCUCAACGCAUCGUUAUCUUCUUCUCUAUCUGUUCUUCUAGUUGCUUCGUUCAUUUUCUCUUGUUGUUGUUGUUUAUGUUGUGGUUUCUGCAAUGGCUACCUUAGCUGACAUUGGUGUCUCAGCACUCAUAAACAUUCUCACAUCAUUUGCAUUCUUGCUGGCUUUUGCUCUUCUCAGAAUUCAACCCAUCAAUGACAGAGUUUAUUUUCCGAAAUGGUAUAUCAGUGGUGGAAGGAGCAGUCCAAGGGGAACAAGAAACUUUGUUGGGAAAUUUGUGAACCUCAAUUUCAAAACUUACCUUACUUUUCUCAAUUGGAUGCCACAGGCUCUAAGGAUGAGUGAAUCUGAGAUCAUUACCCAUGCUGGUCUUGACUCUGCUGCUUUUCUCAGAAUCUAUACUCUUGGCAUAAAGAUUUUUGUUCCGGUGACUGUGGUGGCACUCCUGAUUUUGAUUCCAGUAAAUGUCUCAAGUGGGACAUUGUUUUUCUUACGAAAAGAAUUGGUAGUGAGCAACAUUGAUAAACUCUCAAUAUCGAAUGUUCCUCCUAAAUCCACAAGAUUUUUCGUUCACAUAGGAUUAGAAUACCUGUUCACAGCAUGGAUUUGUUUCCUGCUUUACAAGGAGUAUGAUAAUGUAGCAUCAAUGAGAUUGGCUUUCUUCGCCUCACAACGCAGGCGUGUAGAGCAAUUCACAGUAGUUGUCAGAAAUAUCCCUCAUAUUUCUGGCCACUCGAUAUCUGAAACGGUGGAUAGCUUCUUUCAAACAAACCACCCUAAUCAUUAUAUUGGACACCAGGGGGUCUACAAUGCAAACAAAUUUGCCAAGCUUGUGAGAAGAAGAGAGAGACUUCAAAAUUGGCUGGACUAUUACCAGCUAAAGUUUGAUAGGCAUCCUGACAAGAAGAGACCAACUGUCAAUACCGGCUUUUUAGGUCUUCUGGGUCGGAAAGUUGAUGCUAUUGAGUACUACAAACAAGUAAUUAAGGACCUUGAUACAUUGAUGAUAUCAGAGCGCCAGAGAGUUAUAAAAGAUUCAAAAUCUGUUUUGCCAGUUGCUUUUCUUUCAUUCGAUUCGCGUUGGGGAGCAUCGGUCUGUGCUCAAACCCAACAAAGCAAAAAUCCCACUCUGUGGUUGACUGAUUGGGCUCCAGAGCCUCGUGAUGUAUAUUGGCGAAACCUGGCCAUUCCAUUCGUUUCUUUGACCAUCCGAAAAUUCGUGAUAACAGCUUUGGUAUUUGCCUUAAUAUUCUUCUACAUGAUUCCCAUUGCCUUUGUGCAAUCCCUUGCAAAUUUGGAGGGUCUUGAAAGAGUUGCUCCUUUCCUCAGAACUGUGAUAGAGUUGAAAUUCAUCAAGUCAUUUCUACAAGGUUUUCUCCCUGGUCUAGCCCUUAAAAUAUUCUUAUAUAUUCUUCCCACCGUUUUGAUGAUCAUGUCGAAAAUUGAGGGGUAUAUUGCAUUGUCAACGCUAGAGCGAAAGACUGCAUCGAAAUAUUAUUAUUUUAUGCUAGUAAAUGUUUUCCUGGGAAGUAUUAUUACUGGAACUGCAUUCGAGCAGCUGCAUGCAUUCCUUCACCAGUCAGCUACACAGAUUCCUAGAACCAUCGGAGUUUCGAUUCCAAUGAAGGCCACCUUCUUUAUGACAUACAUAAUGGUUGAUGGCUGGGCUGGAAUUGCUGGUGAGAUCCUAAGAUUAAAGCCAUUGGUUAUCUAUCAUCUCAAGAACAUGUUCUUAGUUAAAACUGAGAGAGAUAGAGGAAAGGCUAUGGACCCCGGGAGUGUCGACUUUCCAGAGACUAUUCCAAGUCUUCAACUAUACUUCCUUCUUGGAAUUGUGUAUGCCGUGGUGACGCCGCUCCUUCUCCCUUUCAUCGUUGUCUUCUUUGCCUUUGCAUAUCUGGUUUACCGUCAUCAGAUAAUCAAUGUGUACAAUCAACAGUAUGAAAGUGCUGCUGCAUUUUGGCCGCAUGUUCACAGCAGAAUCAUAGCAAGCUUGAUAAUAUCACAGCUCCUCCUGUUGGGUCUGCUUAGCACCAAGAAGGCGGCUAAGUCUACCCCGUUGCUCGUUAUCUUACCGGCGUUGACAUAUGUAUUUCAUGUCUACUGCCGGAGCCGAUUCGAGCCUGCAUUCAGGAAGUACCCACUUGAGGAGGCAAUGUCAAAGGAUUUGUUAGAGAAAUCCACAGAACCUGACUUAAACAUCAAGGCAUAUCUAGCAGAUGCGUACUUGCAUCCGAUCUUCCGGUCGUUCGAGGUUGAAGAAGAGGAGUUGGUUGAAGUAAGAGUAGACAAACAUGAAACUCAUGCAGCUAGUCCUCCAUUGAUGAGUGAGCAUAGCUCCCCUUCUGCAUCCCAUCAUCAUCAUCAUCAUAAUAUUGAAGAACCUUCUCCACCUCAUUAUAAUGACUAUCCAACUUCACCACCUAGUUAUUACUACCAUGAACCCUCUCAACUCCACUAUGGUUAUCACUAUCAAGGAGAACCUUGAACUCAGAAAUAAUAUAUAACUUUGGUAUUGGGUUAACUUAGGUAGCGUUUGGAAAAAAGAUAGAGACUAAAAGACUGAGAUUGAGAGACAGAGAAGCUCUAAUUUAAUUUGCACAAAGGAUAAAGUUGAAAUUAAUUAAUUGAAAUGGAGAUAUUUUAGGUAUAAAAUGUUAUUAAAGUUUCAAUCUCCGUCCCCGAAAAUUUCAAUCUCCUGUAUCUCUACUUUUUGGAGGUACAUUAGUACCAGUCUCUAGACCAACAAACAUGAUACUGAAUCUUAAUUUUUCAGUC